GAAACUCCUCACUUCGACUUAUUAGGUUCUACAAUAGAGAAACAAUAGCUUUCAACAGCUUGGGCACCCAUAACCAUUUGCAAGAGGUUAAUUUAAUUGGAAAGAGUAAUAUUUGUUAAAUUCUGAAAUAUUGAAAAACUUUUCUACAAUAACGAAUUAUGAAUCUCAGUGUUCAUCUAAUAUUUAUGUGUCUGACUUCAGGAUCAAUAUGGGUCAACUUGAGCGCAGAGAACUUGGAUGUUGAGGAUGUUGAUAAACUGGAGAAAAUAGCAUCUCUCAUUAUGGGUUCAUACAAGGAGGCAAAACACACGUUGCUAUCUGAUGCAAUACAAACUUCUCCGGAAUACAAAAAUCUGUUGUUAUCGAAGACGAUCCCCGAUUUGAUAAAAACUGAACAAGACCGCGAAAUAUUCGAGCUUCGAGUGACUAGAUACAUAGAGUGCUUUGUAGAGGAUGAGGAGGAUGAUAAACUAGUAUUCUAUGUUAAUCUUUAUAUCUCAGAGCUCUCCAAAAACGUGAACUUCGAGAACCAAUGCAUUGACGAGGAAAUUGAGACUUACAAAUUUCUAAAGUUUUUGAAAGAACAAAAUACAGGGAAUGAUGAAGAUUUGAAUAGUUUGAUAAGAUCUAUUGAAAGGACAAGCUACAUUGUGGAUGUAGCUAUGUAUUUAGUCGCCAGAAUCGAGCUAGCUCAGAGCUAUAUGAAUGUUCCGAAAAGCGAGGUGGAUGCCUAUGAAGUCUUGUACCAAGCCAUAACUGAGAAAAAAUUUAAAAAUGUUUUGGAAAGUGUUAGAAAAUGGGAUAGGCCGGUAGUUAAGAUCAUGAAUGAAGUUAUCGACAUGAUGGAAAGAAUUUACGGGAGUCUGGAAAGUGUGGGAUUGAAUGAACAUGAAUCGGAGUAGGGCGAGGAUGAGGAGGAGGAUGAGGAGUAGUAGUAGUAGUAGUAGUAGGAGGAGGAGGAAUAGGAGGAGGAGGAGGAGGAGGUGUAGAAGGUGAAGGGAGAGAAUGAGAAGGAUGAUGAGGAGAGGAGGAUGCAUUCUAAAAGAUGUAAGCGCUUUUCACGGAUCUAGGAAGAAUUGAAUGGAGUAUGGAUCAGAAGGGUAAUUAUGCUUGUAAGCAUCAAUGAUAUGGAUUUGAGAUUUAAAGACAGUAUCAAUAAUAUGGAUCUCACAUUCAAAGACAUAUCAAUUAUAUGGCUCUAAAAGUUCAGAAAUGGCUGCAUUCAAUUUUAGAAAGAUUUUGAAUAAUUUAAUACUCGAACACUGCUAUUUUUUAAUAAUUCAAUACACGAACUCUGUUCUGGUCUGCAUUAUCCUAUAGAUAGCAUUGUGAUACGUGUCUCGAAAUUAGGAUUAGUGGAUCUGGGAUGUGAUUGGGUGUAGCUGAGAAUGAUAAUUAUUAACUAUAUUUUUAGGUCUGUUCGACGGUUUCUUCCGAUUACUUUUAUCAAUCAAGAUCAAAUGUUCGGCAAAAAUUCUUCGAAAAAUGAGAACUAGAACAUCAUUUUCAUUGAGAUCUAGAAUAAUUUGUCCAUUAAUCAACUUUAGAUGUUCAACACAUAUUCUUUUAAAAAAUGAGGAAUAAAUAGUUAUUUGUGCAACUAGUGCGCAAAGUGACAGUUUGCUGCACCGAAAGAA